AUGGUGGAUGCCGACGUCGACAUCGAUCCGAACCGACCUCGCCGCGUUCUUGCGGUUGCCAUUCUCUUUCUCUGCCUCACGCCCAUCGCCGUCGCUCUGCGGUUGUACUCGAAAGUUUUCAUCACGCGAACCGUGACCUCCGACGACAAGCUUCUUUGCCUGCUCCAAGCUGUUUUUACCGUGUUUUUGGUCACAGAAAUCCUGGGAGUAGUGCAUGGUACGGGCCGCGAUGCGACACAGAUAACGCCAGAAGAUCGACGGAAAGCUCUCCAGUACUUCUUUGCUGGCGAACUCCUGUAUCUCCUCACGACAAUCCUCCUGAAAGUCUGCGUCGGCAUCCUACUUCUGCGCAUCGCGAUCGUCCCGACACACGUCUGGAUUCUGCGAGCACUGCUGUUGUCGACGCUGGUGUUUGGGUUUCUGUACCUGUUCCUCGUCGCCUUCCAGUGCCGACCAGUACACGUAUUUUGGGACGAGGGUCCUCGUACCCCAGGCCAUUGCUUCUCGAAAACCGUCGUUCUCGGCACCACAUUCACAGCCGCCACACUGAACUGCAUUGCAGACUGGGCAUUUGGGAUAUUGCCUUUGUUUAUUGUCUGGUCGUUGGACCUGCGCAAAAAGACCAAAAUUCUUGUUGUGCUCUUGCUAGGGUUUGCUUCAAUCGCGAGUAUCGCCACUAUUAUUCGAGCGGUGACAGUACCGUCUGUGUUGAGCGAGGGAAACUUUCUUCGUACGUCAAUCGAUCUGCCCAUGCACACCUAA